AUGUCGACAUCCAAGAGCCAGAAGGGCGAUUUCGAUGCCGUCCGCGCCGACAUCAAGGCCCUCCUCAAGCAGCCAGAAUACGACGAUGGCUCCGCCGGCCCCGUCCUCGUCCGCCUCGCAUGGCACUCGUCGGGUACCUACGACAUCAACACCGACACUGGUGGCUCCAACGGCGCGGGUAUGCGCUACGAGUACGAAGGCGGCGACCCUGCGAACGCCGGUCUGCAACACGCUCGCGUCUUCCUCGAGCCCGUGAAAGCCGUCCACCCGUGGAUCACGUACUCGGACCUCUGGACACUGGCUGGCGCAGUCGCCAUUGAGGAGGCCGGCGGGCCCAAGAUCAAGUGGCAGGGAGGCCGCACCGACUAUGUCGACGACACCAAGAUCCUGAAGCACAAGAUUGCCGGCCGCCUCCCGGACGCGACCCAGGGCGCCGACCACCUGCGCAAGGUCUUCUACCGCAUGGGCUUCAACGACCAGGAGAUAGUGGCUCUGAGCGGCGCACACACGCUCGGCCGGUGCCAUGCGGACCGUUCGGGCUUCGAGGGCCCGUGGGUCAACAACCCGACGCGCUUCAGCAACCAGUACUUCAAGCUUCUGUCGACGCUGGAGUGGAAGCCCAAGACGCUGCCGAGCGGCGUCAAGCAGUUCGUCUACUACGAUGAGGAUACCGAGACGGAGCUCAUGAUGCUGCCGACGGAUAUGUCGCUUCUCGCGGAUCCGAAGUUUGCGGUCUGGGUACGCAAGUACGGUGCGGAUAAGGAGCUUUUCUUCGAGCACUUUGCGGAUGUUUUCUCGAGGCUGAUGGAGCUGGGCAUCCAGAGGGAUGCGAAUGGAAAUAUCACGAACACGGAUAACCAGCUGGGAGGCUAUAUCAGCGCGCCGAAGAAGGCGAACGAGCCUGGUUUGAAGAAGAAUGCUGGGGAUGAGGGAUUGCCCGUGGCGGAGGCGGACGGCCUGGAGCAGAGGAACGCGAAAUACCAAGCGAGAGCGAAGCUGUAA